AGCGGUCCAGCCUUUCAGUUUUAUCAGUGGGCUGUACAUGUCGGCGUACGCGUCUGUGCCUCCUUAAGAAACGUUUUUUAAAGAAGGAAGAACUCCAAAAUCCAUAUCAUAUUAAUAUCAAACAACAACGUACAACCACAGAGAAGCUAGAAGCUAGAAGAAGAAGAAGAAAGAGAUGUGCAGGUCGACUGAGGAUCCUCGAUUCUAUCAGAGUAGCUGGAGGAGUAGGAGACGGGAUCGGCUCAAUAUCAGAGCCUUUUUUCUCAGAUUUUCCAUCAAUUCAUUUCCACCAGACAAGGCUCGAAAGGAAAAUUCGCUUCCCGGUUCCCUGACUCUCCACUAUCUCCCUCGCAUCAGCGGCAGCCCACUUGAUAUCAACGGUGUCCCUAUCCCUUCGGACUCCCCUGCAUUCGUCACACUUCACCGGGUCACCUCCUACUCUCCAUUCGGGGAUUCCACGAAAGAGGUCGUCUUCGCCAGCAGAGAACGAGUCCAAGGGAGCGAAGGAGUCCGAUUCGAAGUGUACUGGGGGGAGGAGAAGGUCCUCAAGGGUGUGUUCAGGAGGAAAGACUAUGACGACGACGAUUUCAUCAACUUCAUCGGGGAGUGGAAGGUGGACUGCAGAUGCGCCCUCGACAGCCACGUAGGCCUAGGCCUCCUCGAUGUUUCCCACGCAGAGGUGUGCAUCGAAAUCGAGGGUGAUGAUGAUCACAGAGUAAUGAGUGACAAGGUGGAGAUGACUGCUAGAAGGAACAAGACGAAGAAGAAGAAGAGCAGCGGGUUUAUUGGGCUAGAGGAGAUACCUGAACAGAGGGAGGUGGAAGACGAUAGCGACUCAGUACCCGACGGUGAUUCUUCCUCCUCCUCCUGCUGUUGUUGCGGCGGCGGCGGCGACGGCGGAGGCGGAGGCGGAGGCGUAGGCGUAGACUUAGAAUUUAAGGUGCGAUCGGAGAAAGGUGGAGGAGAUGGUGAGGUGAGUGGAGAUGAAGAAAAACGAGGGCUAGAACUGGAGAUUGAGGGAGUUAGAUGGGCCGUGGAUGUGGGGAUAUGGGUGAUGUGUUUGGGGGUAGGGUAUCUGCUUUCCAGAGCUUCUUCAAAUAGCCUUCGACGACGGAGACGUUCCUUCUUGUUUUAAGGAUCCGCGAUUCCCCGCACCUAUUGUUCACGAUUCAUGCCCGAGCCGCAUAUGGAACCUGAACCUGGGCUCCUUUCAUUUUCUAGAUAUCUUGUAUUGUAGAAUAGUACAAUGGAGUCCAUGGAUUUUUAGUUGUGAA